CGUCCAUCAAAUUCGCGAUCAAACCACGGGUUGACGGAAAGCUUCAGCCUUGUCAGUUCUUCCAGGUUAUUGUCUGUCCAUUCCAUCUCCAAGAACUGGCAAGGUCGCCCAUCGGCCACACUACAACCUUUCUGUAAACAGAAGCUUGUUCUUUGCUGAAGACUGCCCGUCAUGCUUCUGGAGGACCAGCGCUAUGUCCAAGAGGACUUGGAGCGGCUAGAGCAGGGUGUCGCAGACCGCAUGAGCUUCGAGCCAACUUUCAUUCGCGAUCGCUUGAAUCGAGACCAUGAAGUAUCGCAACUCCUCGAUCAGAUCCAGAAGCAGUCCACCGAGCUCAUCGCUAUGUACGAAGAUGCCGACGGCCAGCGGUCCAAGGAGGUCCAGAUGAUCGGCUCUGGUGACCCCUUUGAGGAAUUCUACAGGCAGCUGAACGACAUCAAGGAGCACCACGCCAAGUAUCCGAACGAACAGGCCCAAAACCCCGAGCUUCGGUACCGACCAAAGAGGGACGGCCCUGACGCGCAGCCUUAUUUGGUUGACGGCAUGUUCUCGGGUGAGGAGGCCUUUGGAAAGUUCUUCGAUCUACACAUGUCGCACGAGGGCUUCAUCAACCUCCCCAACGUCAAGCACUGGUCCUAUCUGCAGUACAUUGAGCUGUUUGACGACUUUGCGCCUGGUGCUGGUGGCGUGAAGCGUUCCGACAAGCUUACAGAUCAGUACUUCAAGUACGUUGGCGAUCUGGCAGGAUACCUCGAGUCGUUUAUCCGCCGCACGAAGCCUCUCGAAGACCUCGACAAGCUCUUCGCUACGUACGCCUCCGAUUUUGAGACUGCCUGGGAAAAGGACGAGGUGCCCGGCUGGGAGCUUGAACAGCCGGGCGGGGCGGGCGGUUCAGGCGCUACACGUACUUCCAGCACUGCGGAAGCAGUCUGGUGUGCCGACUGCGAGAAGGAAUUCAAGAACGAGAACGUGCACAAGGCCCAUCUGACGGGCAGGAAACACAUCAAGGCUGCCGAGGCACGGGCUAAGCGACUACAUGACGGAGUUGAGGAGGCCAACGGCGACUCCAACGGUGGGGUCGGCGGCAAGAAAGAGUCAGCCGCCCGCCUCAAAGAGCGUGCUGUCGCCGAGCGCGAGUACAGGAUCAAGCGCCUCGCUGAGGCCCUGAAGACGGAGCGUGAAGAGACCAAGGUCAACGUGGAGCGGAGACAGGGCAUGACAGAGCGCGAGCGCCAGCAAGAGCUGGAAAACUUUUACAGCCUGACAAGCAGCAAUUCGGGUGGCUACAACCCCGAGCUGAUGAAUGUGGACGAGGAAGACGACGAGGAUGAUGACGGCGAGGAGAAGAUCUACAAUCCGCUAAAGCUGCCUCUGGCCUGGGAUGGCAAGCCGAUUCCGUUCUGGCUGUACCGACUGCAUGGACUGGGUGUCGAGUUCAACUGCGAAAUCUGCGGAAACUUUGUCUACAUGGGCCGGCGGGCCUACGAGAAGCACUUCAACGAGGCGCGCCACAUAUACGGCCUCAAGUGUCUUGGUGUUAGCAACACGGCGCUUUUCCGCGAUAUCACUAGAAUCGAGGAGGCGCUCAAGCUGUGGGAGAAGAUCCAGCGCGACCGCAAGAGGAACAAGGUGGACGACGGCAGCGUGGUGCAGAUGGAGGAUGCCGAGGGAAACGUCAUGCCCGAGAAGGUCUACUACGACUUGCAGAAGCAGGGACUGCUCUGAGUCGGCCAAGGCAGAAGGCCAACUGGCCCCAUUCGUCUCGCGGCGGCGUCGGUUAUGCUUGCCACUGCCUGUCCGCAUUUCGAGGGCGAUCUAUUUUUACCAGCUACUUUCGGCACGGCCUCUGUGUUUUCCGCAUUGUCUGCGUGGAGCUUGUCUGGGCUGCCGCUGUAAGUUGGGACGAUGCAUACCUGUGUACAUGUAGAUAGGCGUCUUGGGCGUUAAAUGACACUGCGGCUGACUCUGACG